GGACGCUUAGUAGAAACUUCAACGCGCUCGCGCACGCGCGUUUCGGUCGCGCGAAUUUUUUGCCAAAGAUUUCUAACUUUUUUGGCGCUUUUUUCUCGCGCGUCUCGAGUGCCUAAUGAGGUUGACACAGUGUAUUUGACGGAAAAAGGUGAAACCAGACGCAACCUGCCAUUCAAGUUUUAGACGUUACCGAUGCGAAUUGAAGUCAGUUAACGCGCAAGCCUACCUAUCACUGCACCUAGGACUUAACUAGUGGAUAACAAACCUAACUGUGGAUACAAAGUGUAAAAAAUGUGCCAAAGACAAUUUCUGUGUUGUACGAUUCUUGUGCUGAUGAGCUGGAUAGCGGACACGAAAACGGCGAAUUAUCAGGCGUCGCUAGGGCUUGGGAGCAAGUCAGAAUGUUCGAGCUGCAGCGACGAUGAGCUCGGAGUCACGCGGUGGACCAUGCCGCUGCUCAAGACGGGGGAAAAGAGAUAUUAUCUAGGAAUAUUCUUCAAGGCGAACUGGUUCAAGGCGCAGCAGUACUGCCGGUUCCACGGCAUGCACCUCGCCUCCAUCGCCUCUCAGCAGGAAAACGACCAGCUCGAGAAAUACGUUAAGGACUCAGGUUACGGCCGCGAGCAUUUCUGGACGUCAGGCACAGACUUGGCCGAAGAGGGCAACUUCUUCUGGAUGGCCAACGGGCGGCCGCUGACCUUCGUCAACUGGAACGCGGGGGAGCCCAACAACUUCCGCUACGAGAACGGCGAGGAGGAGAACUGUCUGGAACUGUGGAACAGAGACGACAAGGGACUGAAGUGGAACGACUCGCCGUGCUCGUUUGAGACGUUCUUCAUUUGCGAAGUGCGAUCGGAUUAAAUCAGUGGACAGACAUCGGAUCCGCCAAGGUUACUACAAAAAGGUGUAGCAAAAAUAGUGGUGAUCCGUUUAAGGGUAUAUUCAGGAUCAUGUUCUGAUUAUGAAGAAGUAGGUAGAAGGAAUAUUUUUUGUAAUUUUUUUGGGCAAUUCGGUCAUAAACCAAGGCCAAAACAAAAAUUCCACGUAAAUUUUUUUUUUCUUCCGCGUUUUCCUAGUCCGAUCAUGAUACCGCCGGUAUUACUAUUUUUGUUACACCUUGUAUUUGAACAAAGCCUCUACAUACAUAUUAUCAAGACGUUAAAGCGCAAGUUCAAGUUUUGAGCACCCUGGCCGCUCCGAUAUAUUUGAUUUGUAAGAAGAGAAAAGACGUUUAAUAGCGUCGUAAGUGUAAUUGAUCCAAAAUAUUGAAAAAAAAGGAAAUUUGUUCACGACUGAAUACAUUUGUAAUGAUUUUUUAUUGUUCAAAACUCCGUACCAUUAUUAGGUAUAUUACGUUUGAUCGGGAUGCGCGUAAGUUAAUAUUGCUAGACCGUUUUUUUUACUACCAGUAUACGAUAAAAAUAUGUACAAAAACAUUACAAAAUUAGAAUACAAUAAAAAAAAAAUUUUUAGGUUUUCUCGUGGUACUUGUAUAAAUAAACGUAAAUAAAACACAUCUAUGAAUGGUUAUAAAAAGUUUGUUACCUUAAGUAAUCGUAACGUUGAGUGAGUUGAGUCACAUUUUUGUAAACGAGUCGCCUCAAAUGAUUAAAAGUUACCAAUUUGUUCAAGUUACCAAUUUGUUCAAGUUACUAAUUUGUUUAAGUUACCAAUUUGUUCAAGUUACAAAUUUGUUCAAGGUACAAAUUUGUUCAAGUUACCUUUUCGUAACUUAUUCAGCUUGUAAAAAUUACAAUCAAGUUCUAAGUGUAGUUAAUUAAAGGAUUAGUUCGGUCAGUAGUAAAAUUACGACGUAGAUUAGUGUUUGGUUAUUUAUUAAUGUAGUUUUUGAAUGAAACAAAAUAGUAAACGGUCACUGCCACAUGAUCUUUUGAGCUUCAA